AAAAACUUGUACCUGUCAGAGACCAUACUUGUUGGGUGGGCAGCUCUAGCACAGAACUUAAACUAUAAAAUCUUCUCUCAUAUACUUCCGAAAUUUCUUGAAAUAAUGGAUUGUAACAAUUCAUUUCAUGUUUCAUUGACUUUUCAUUUAAUUAAAGUAAUGGCAAAAUUCAAUAAAAUUACUGUUUGGGAUAUGUUUAUGCCACACUUUCCUAAUAUUAGCAAAAACUUGAUCAUAAAAAUGAAAAGUAAUCGACUUUUUGCUAAUGAUAUAUGCGAACUAUUGGGAUGCAGCGAAACAAAAAUAGUUUUUGAGGCAGCUAACUAUGCCAUUCCUCUACUUAUUCAGCAUUAUGAAAACGACUAUAUUAUGUACAUUGCGGAGUUGACUGGUAUAAGCAAAUAUAAACUAGUUAAUCAAAAGUCCACCAAAAUACUAGGAUAUUUAUUUGCAACCACGCCUUUAUUUGAGGGAAAGGUCGAUAUCAAUAAAAUAAAAAUGAUUAUGGCUAACUGUUUAUUGGAUUUUGAUAGUCCUGAGUAUAAAAAAAAGAAAAUGGAGCUCAUUUGGGAAAUAUUGAUGCACCAUGAUGGAAAACCCUCUAGUUUACCCCAUAUUUUAUCCUCACUUGUUUUUAUUGCAAAGCAUUUUUUUUCAAAUUGUGAAAAAAACAGAACAGAUGAAGCGAUAUUGAAGGAUUGCUUUGAUAACUACAUAUUAGGGAUUGUUCGUAACUUUUCUGACAUAUUCAUACCAAAGCAAGGGUUUCGUCCUUUUUGUGAAAAGCAAAAAUCACUACUUGCUAUCCAAGCUUUGAUUAUCAUAGCUGUUCCCUCUAUCGUUGCAACCUUACCACAAAUUUGUACUUCAUUGCAGUUGUCAAUUGAGGAUCCGUUGCUUGUUUUUGAUACAUUGCAGACAUGGAAAAUUCUUGUUGAAAAAUUAGAAAACGUUCAUUUAGUUUCUUUUCUUGACUUGGUUGUGUCUAUUAUUAUUCAAAGAUGGCGUUUGUUUGAUCAAUCUUCAAAAAAGAUUGGAACAGACAUACUCCAUACAAUUUUUUCCAACUCAGAAUUGAUGAAAGGUGAUUCAUAUUACCAUUAUUAUUUGAGUUUAGCAGAUCAAGAAGACUUGCUAAGCAUUUAUCUGAAUACAAAACGCAAUUUAAUAUCUGUGCAGAACGACAGCUCCUUUUCAAACCUUCUCUCUGAUAUAUCCAGAAGAUGUCUAAAUGAUAAUAAGUAUGUGGUGAAACAGUCAUUGAAGGAUUUAUCUAAGUACUUGGAUUCAUAUGUGGAAAAUUUGUAUACUAAGAUAGAAGAUGAAGAAACAAUUAAGGAGAGUGUGAUAAAGCUCAUUAACAUAUUACUUGAGACAGGAUUUAAAUUCAAGUUGACAGAUUUUUCAAUAACAAGAGACUGUGUAAAGUGCUUGGGAACAUUGGGAAAAAUUGCGUAUUCGAAACUCACGUCGACUAAUGCCUCCGAAAAUAAAUCAUUGCUUGUUUUGCAUAACUUCGAUGAUAAAAAGGAAUCGAUUAUAUUUUUGAUCAGAUUUAUAGAUAAAUUUCUAGUGAAAUCAUUUUGGGCAUCGACCAAUCCAUCAAAACAAUUGCUGCUUGCAUAUUCCAUGCAAGAGUAUUUAAAAUUUUGUGGUUUGUCGUCACCUAACGAAUUUCUUUUCCUAAAGAGCCCUAGCAAUAAUUUAGAACAUACGGUUUCUCCAGAGUCUAUUCUAUGGAAUAAAUUUAGUGAUGUCUCCAAGUCAACCUUAAUACCUCUUAUUUCUUCUAAGUAUGUGAUAACACCAAAAAUUUAUCAAUCUUUGAAAUAUCCAAUUUUUGAUGUACUAAAAAAGCAUGAGGUUUGGCUUAGAGAGUUUACUUUUCAUCUAUGUGAUGAAUGUACUGGAAAAUAUUCCAAAUUUAUAUUUCAGAUUGGUUCGCGGAUAAUUAAAGACCAAAACUUGGAAAUAAGUCAGUUUAUUCUUCCUUACAUAGCUUUAAAUGUUUUGACAACUGGAAGUGAAGAAACAAAGAAUAAUAUAAAAACUGAAAUUCUUUCGAUUUUAAAAAUCGAUGCCAAAACUUAUUUGGAUCAAGAGACAAACCAAAACAUAAAGCAAUGCUAUCAAACUGUUUUUUCUAUUCUCGAUUACUUCAAGUAUUGGUUAAUUUCCAGACAGAGGCUUUUUAGUUCAGUGCAAUCACAAUCCUUCAAAGACAGUGAAGAAAUGAAGAUCGUCUCAUUAUUAUUAAACGAAAUUCCCGAAGAAUUGAUCGCAGACAGAGCAUAUCAGUGCUGUUUAUAUGAAAGAGCAAUCUUGUAUUUGGAGCAAUUACAUAGGACGUCUAAGUUGAAUAACUCUACAGAAGUCGACUCAAUAUACUCUUCAUUGCAACAGAUGUAUGCUAACAUCAAUGAUUCAGAUGCUUUAACGGGGAUUUUAAAACACAUAUCUACAAAUAAUUUGAACGAUAAAAUUCUACAGCUUCAGUACAAUGACAACUGGAAGAUGUCAUUAGAUUGCUUUGAAGGUUUAGAUAAUACAGGAAUAAUAGAAACCAAGAGUUUAUACAGUUUUUUAGAAACUCAUAAUUUAAGUGACGAAUUAUUGUCCAAACUUGGAGGUCUAGUUAAGGCUAAGAAUCAUUUAUCUGGGAUUGAGAGUGGAACUAUAUCAUUAGGAUUGUCAUCUUAUUGUUUGCAAGGAAGCAUUUCUGAUCUUAAAAGAUGGGUGUUGAUUUCGGAGAUUCAAAUUCCCCUAAACAAAGCUGAUUCUUUGGUUGAUUUGAAUAUAGCCAAGAGUUUACUAUAUUUUAAUAAAAAUAACAAUACUCAGAUAACAAAUGAAGUCGAUGAAGGCUUCAAGGCUAUUGGAAAGUAUAUGAAUAAAUCUCUAAACUCGCCUGCCACAAUGAAUCUGUUAAAGAAGUUGCAUCUGUUGGAAGAUAUAAAUAUCAUUGCCAAAGCAACCAGAUCCAAAGAUGAGUUAAAUAAAGGAUUGAAACGACUAAAUAUGCGGUAUCGAGUUUGUGAAAAUAAGUUUGAUACAAGAUGGAAUUUCCUAAGGCUACGAAAGUCAUUGGAAUCGAUGAGAGGAGAUAUUUUCAAAAAUGAUAUAUCUAAGCUUUGGAUUCAAUGUUCCGAGUUAUCCAGAGAACAUCAUAGAGUUGAUCUUGCUUCAAAAUCGAUUGCUCAUGUUCUAUCGAGUGAAGACAAAGAUGGAGUUAUUGAGUACUCAAGAGUUUUGUGGGAACUUGGAGAUCAGUCAAAGGCAUUGAAACUACUUCAGAACUUAUUAAAUGAAUAUGAUAAUAAUGGUUUGGAAGGUAAUAACUGUGACGAUGAAUACAAUUUUGAACGGGCAAAAAUUGUGUUGCAGCAUGCAAAAUGGUUGGAUAUUUCUGGGGAGCAGAGUUCGUUGUUUGUGAUAAACUCUUAUAAAAAGGCUAUUGAAUAUACUAACAAAAAGUGGGAAAAAGCAUUUUUUUAUCUUGGGAAGUAUUAUAGCAAGUUAUUAGAUUCCGAAUCCAAAAACAAGAAUACUUCUAUUUUAUUUCACGUUGGACGGUAUGAACUACACAUAGUAAAUAAUUAUUUGAAGGCAGUGGAGCUUGGUACUGAAAAUUUAAAUGAGAUACUACCAAAGAUAUUAACUAUAUGGUUUGAUUUCGAGAAUUCUGGCAGUAAUUUGUAUUCAAAUAAUAAAAUAAUCAAUAAAAGAAAACAAGUUUACAAAGAGUUACAGCAGCUGAUUGAUCAAACGUUUUCUAGAAUCCCAAUAUUUGUUCUUUAUGUUAUAUUUUCGCAACUAAUUUCUAAGAUUUGUCAUGAAAAUUCUAAAACUUGCGAUAUAAUUAUCAGCAAUAUAAUCAAGAUUACAAAUGAAUAUCCUAAACAUGCAUUGUGGUCGAUAUUCUCGAUAUUGAAUUCCAACGAUAAAAAUCGGAAAAACAAAGCAACACUAAUUUUAAAAAAGUUACUUUCUAUGGGAAAAAUUAAUGAACUAAUAUCAAAAGCAAAAAUACUAAUUGAUGGGUUUUUUAUUAUUAAAUCGUUUGAUUUGAAUCAUAAAUCCAAGAAAAGGUUGAGUAAAAAACAUGUAUACUCUUUGAAAGAGGAUUUUAAUUUUGAUCAUUCGAUUUUACCAAUUGAGAUUGUUUUGCCAAUAGAAAAAAAUUUUGAAAUCAAAGCAUUGCCAACAGAUAGAAAAUUAUUUGAGGGAUAUACACCAUUUCCUGAAGAGUCGUGCGUUUCGUUUCAAAAAUUUGAAGACAAAGUUGAAAUUUUGUUUUCAUUGCAAAAGCCACGAAAAAUUAAAAUAUUGGGGAGUGAUGGGAAACACUAUUAUUUGAUGUGCAAGCCUAAUGAUGAUUUAAGAAAGGAUGCAAAAGUAAUGGAGUUCACCACAUUGAUUGAUCAGUUAUUAAAGAAAAACUUUGAGGCAAUAGAACGAGAGUUGAGUAUCAAGAGGUAUGCAGUUAUACCCUUGAGCGAAGAAUAUGGCAUAAUCGAAUUUGUUUCAAAUCAGUUAACAAUACGGUCUGUUUUAUUUGAAAAGUAUAACAAAUUGAAUAAGUAUAUUGUUCCGAAAAAGAUAGAAGAACAUUUCAACAAGGGAUUGAGUCUAAGUAAAAAAUUGAAAAAUUUUGAAAGGUAUUUGAAUAAGUUUCAACCUGUAUUGUAUUUAUGGUUUCUAGAACGGUUUUCAAAUCCGUUGGAUUGGUAUAAUUCAAGGAACAAGUUUUCUAGAAGUUGUGGAGUUAUGUCGAUAAUUGGGUUUAUAAUUGGGUUAGGAGAUAGACAUGGAGAAAAUAUUUUAAUUGAUUCUAUGGAUGGUGGGCUUUUGCAUGUUGAUUUUGAUUGUAUAUUUGAUAAGGGAGAAACAUUGGCAGUCCCCGAAAGAGUUCCAUUUAGACUAACCAAUAAUUUAGUUGAUGGGAUGAGCAAAAUUUAUGGUUACGAUGGGACAUUUUUGAAAAGUUGCGAGGUUGUAUUAAAAGUUAUUCGGAGAAAUGAAAGUGGGUUGAUCAAUAUUUUGGAAAGCUUAAUAUAUGAUUCUAUAAUGGAAUUUCAAAGCAAAGAAAAAAGAGAGAUUUAUCUCAAUAAAAUCCGUAAAAAAAUAAGUGGAAUUUUUGAAAACGAAGGGUUGCCAUUAAAUGUCAAAGGAGAGGUCAAGUAUUUGUGUGAACAAGCUACUGAUGCUAAAAAUCUAUGCCAAAUGUACUUUGGAUGGUUACCGUUUAUUUAA